GAAGAAAGCUCAAGAGUAGAGUGACUAUGAAGCAAACCAUGUAAAAGGCGAAUACUUUCUAAAUAGAAAUAAAGUUGUGACCAUGCACAACACAGAUUCAACUGUGUGGCCCAAGAAAGUGAGGGAUGAUGAAAGCAUAACUCCAUCCAUGGACGAUGAUUUAAUUCCAGCAACAACUACCGACAACGAGAUAACACCUUUUCCUUCUUUCUUUUUCAAAUUAUCUAUAUUUAGUGUAUGAUAAUAAGAUUUUUGGUACUUGAAGUUUCCAAAAUUUAAAACUCUAGAUUUGGCGAUAGGGGAAGACGACCAUGACGAGGACAGAGGACAGCUGAGACGGAUACAAAAAAAUGGUUAAAACCGAUGGCCAAAUAGCAAGCAUCGAUUCUCUACAUACCAAAGUUCAGGCACCUGAACUUGAAACUCAAGGAAAUGCUGAUGAACAUCAGGAGGAUGAAUUUCAAAAACAUGUGGAAGAAACUUCAAAGUCCACUCCUCCAGCAGAAGUUGAGAAAUUUCCUGAAAUGGAAGUUCAGAGAAGUCCAGCAGAAACAAGUGAAGAUGCUGAGGUAGCUAACAUGGAGUUUACUGCUGAAACUCCAGUUACCAUCAUUGAGCAUCACAAUGAAGAAGUUGUGAGAGAUCCCCUUUCCCAAGAUAUCUCAAACUACAGGGAUGAAGAAGCUGAGGAAGAAUCUGUCAAGACGCUGAAGAUUGGUGAAGAGGAUGCUGGAAAUGAAGAGGAAGCUGACUCAACCCCAACACCCACGCUUCCGGAUGAGAUGCCUGAGCUCUGGGCGAAAAUGGUCCAAGGGCUGAUUGACUCUGCCCUGGAGUCUCAAAGAGCCUCAUUCCAGGAAGUGUUGGAGAAAACUAAAGAAAGGCACAACUUGAUAAUGGAAAGAACUGAAGAAAGGCACAACUCCAACCUUAAAGAGAUAUGCAAUUCUCUUAACAAAACUCUUGAGAUCAAAUCUCAAAUGAGUUCCUCAUUGAGCACAAUGAUGAUUACCUAUGCCUCAGACUCCCACCUCCAACUCAAAGAGGUGGUGGAGAUCAAACAACACCUUGAUGUUAUUACAAGGAGUCUUCCGAAGCAAAUGAGCCUUCUGCAGAUGGAAAUCAGAUCUGCCCUGGCAGUCUCUUCAGCAAACCAGGUUGUUACUCAAGAUUAUCUGAAAGUCCUCGCAGAAAAUCAGAGGGAAGUUUUCUGGUUGCUCAAAGGUGACCUUCUCCUGGAAGCCCAGCAGAGAAAUCUGGAGCUCUCACUGCAACACCUAACCAGCAAUCAAUUUGAUGGAACGGAAGCCAUAGGAACAGAUGUCUCACACUUCACAACAGAAGGAUAGCACAAGGAGCGCAUGGAGAAUCUGAAGCGCAUUAGAGCUGAAUGUGGCGUCAGUCAAGGUUUGAGUGCAGUUGCCGAAUCCUCCAAACGCAUAAAGACUUGAAGGUUUUUCUCAUUUAAACAGAAGAAUCCGUGGCACAGGUUGAGCCAGACCGACCCAACAUGGACGCACAAGUGGACAAUCUGAGAAGGUCGGGACGGCUGGUUAAGCCGCCGGCCCGUUAUAAAGACUUUAUUUAAUU